GGCCGCGCCCUCCCCGCGGUGCCCGGUGGGGGCUGGGGGUGUCCGCGCCGGGUCCCGCCCCGCGGCCCCUCCUCCCGCGCGGGGCAGCCCGGGGGGGGCCGGUCCCGUCCCACCCCCCCCCCCCGAACCGCCGCCCCCCGCCCGCAGCGGGCGGCCCGGCCCGGUCCCGUCGGGGCCGUUUCUCGGCGGCUGCCGGCGCUGCUGGGCGAGGUCAGGCUCGGUCCGCGCGGAGCGGCCGGAAUCACUUCCUGCUGCAGGCCCCGGGCAGCCUCCAUGGGGCCGGCGCCCCGCAGAUGUGCCCUACUUUGGAUAUUCCUGCAUUGAAUGUCUGAGGAGCUCCAGCCGAUCCUGAGCCAUGUCGCAGAUGUUGCACAUAGAGAUUCCCAACUUUGGGAACACCGUUCUGGGCUGCCUGAACGAGCAGCGGCUGCUGGGGCUGUACUGCGAUGUCUCCAUCGUGGUGAAGGGCCAAGCCUUCAAGGCACACCGGGCGGUCCUGGCCGCCAGCAGCCUCUACUUCCGAGACUUGUUCAGUGGGAACAGCAAAAACGCCUUUGAGCUGCCGGGUACUGUCCCCCCCGCUUGCUUCCAGCAGAUCCUCUCCUUCUGCUACACCGGGAAGCUGACCAUGGCAGCGAGCGAGCAGCUGGUGGUGAUGUACACGGCAGGCUUCCUGCAGAUCCAGCACAUCGUGGAGAAAGGGACGGACUUGAUGUUCAAGGUCAGCUCUCCCCACUGUGACUCUCAGACCACCAUGAUCGAAGACCCCAGCUCGGAGCCGCAGAGCCCUUGCAACCAGCUGCAGUCGGCCUCGGCGCCCUACGUCAUGUCCCCUUCCAUGCCCAUCCCGCUCCUCACGCGUGUCAAACACGAGAACCUCGAGCUGCAGGCAGCUGCCCUGCCCGGCCUGCCCGGCAAGCGGCCCCUCGAGCCCGGCGCCCGCGACGGGGCCGGUGGUGGCACCAACACGGGUCCCCUGAAGCUCUCCCGCGUCUCCUACUAUGGGAUGCCCAACCUGGCCACCCUCAUCCCCAACGUCCAGCAGGUCCAGUACUCGCAGGGGGAGCGGACGAGCCCCGGCGCCAGCAGCAUUCCCACCACUGACAGCCCCACCUCCUACCACAACGAGGAGGAUGAGGAGGAUGACGAGGCGUAUGACACCAUGGUGGAGGAGCAGUACGGGCAGAUGUACAUCAAGUCUUCGGGAGGCUACUCUGUUGCUCAAGAGAAGCCAGAGCAGAUCCCACUGGAGAACCGCUCCUGUGUCCUCAUCCGACGGGAUCUUGUUGCUCUCCCAGCCAGUCUUAUCAGUCAAAUCGGAUACCGUUGCCACCCAAAACUCUACUCGGAGGGAGAUCCUGGAGAAAAGCUUGAGCUCGUUGCAGGCUCAGGUGUUUAUAUCACCCGCGGGCAGCUGAUGAAUUGCCACUUAUGUGCCGGUGUCAAACACAAGGUCCUUCUGAGACGUCUUCUGGCCACCUUCUUCGAUCGGAACACGCUUGCCAACAGCUGCGGAACUGGAAUCCGGUCCUCCACGAGCGAUCCCAGCAGGAAGCCCCUGGACAGCAGGGUUCUUAAUGCAGUCAAAUUGUAUUGUCAGAAUUUUGCCCCGAGCUUUAAGGAAAGCGAGAUGAAUGUUAUAGCAGCCGAUAUGUGCACCAACGCCCGCCGGGUCCGCAAGCGCUGGCUGCCGAAGAUUAAGUCCAUGCUGCCGGAAGGGAUGGAGAUGUACCGCACGGUCAUGGGCUCCACCACAAACAGUGUCCCCCUGGAUCCUGAAUUCCAGCCCAACACUGCUCAGGUCUUUGAGCAGCGAAUCUAUGCAGAAAGGAGGAGCGAUUCAGGAACUAUAGUAGCCUUGAGAACUAACACAGUGAAUGUAGAGCUAAGCAAUGGAUCCAACCAGUCCUUCGAACAGAGCGAGGAUGCCGAAGGGGCUGGCUCUGUGAUACAGGAGGCAGCUGCCACAGAUGCUAUGGCAUCGGAUACCCAAAGCACUCCGCAACCUUUUGAACAAGGUUCGGGCUCCUCCAGCCGGCCCGAAACUCCUGUGAGAAGACAAGAUGGUACUUUUGGAGGGACUUUAUAAAGAGAGCAAACAUUUCAUGACCUAUAAGGGAUCUGUAAUACUAAAGCUGCUUGCAUGCAUUACUAAUACAAAACAAAACAAUGUGAUCAAGCCACUUACCUACUGAACUGCUACUGUUGCCUGAAAAAAAUGUGAUUUUUAUUCUGCUUGUAUUUAAAAUUUAUGAAGGAAAUAAUCGCAUUCGUUAUACUGUAAACGACUAGGUCUGUGGCGACCUACUUAAAAACUAUUGGGCUCCUUUUUUGAUAUUCCUGAGGUUAGUCUAUAAGAUUGUAGCUUUUUCCUUUUUUUUUUUUUUUCUUCCUUUCUCUUUUUUUUUUGGUUUUAUUUUAAGAAGGGGAGGAGAAAAGCUAGCCACCCCCCACCCCCCGUCAUCACCACCCCAUCCAUUACUCAGCUCAGAAGUAAAGCCAUCGUUAACCUUGUCCUCUAAAGAAAGUUUUAGCGUCACUUAACAGGAAAGCGAGGUGUGUGAGGGUGCAGGAGCUGUGGCUGGCGAUGGUUGUCUCUAGCAGAAGGGCUUUAGCCAAGUGGGACAGGGUGGGGGAAAUCGUGACAGGCUUCUGGCGUCGGAGGGAGCCCCUUGCAGUGGGUGCUGCAGGGCAGGGUGCUGCGGUGCCCAGCCACUGCUGGAGGCUGGCGGGGACUCGGUGCCGUUGUCUCCGGGAGUGUUAUCCAGUUCCUGGGAUCAGGGAUGGUUCCGCGGGAGUUCAGGCUUGCAUGUGUGGGGAGGACUGUGUGGGAUGCAGGUGGAGGCCCUGGCCGGUGUUGUGGUUGUUGUCGGGUUUUUUCCCUCAAUACGGCUGGGUUUGGGGUUUGGUUUCUCUCUCCCUCCCUCCCAGCGACUCCUUUUUGUUUGCUGUUCCUUCCUUGCACCUUCACAUCACCCACUUCUUGGGUGAUUGGGCUCAUGGCAGCCACUGCAGGAGGGUGUGCAGGUCCUGGGGCCACCUCCUGGGGGGUGAAUAAGCCCCCUUCAGUAACCUCUAAAGGGCUUUGGAGAGGAAUCCGAGCAUGGAAAACACAUUCUUGCUCCAAAGGGCAUGGAGCCUGGAGCUCUUGGUGUCAGCUCCCAGCAGCAUCCGCACUGGAGGCACAGUGAGGUGUGCGGGGCUCAUCCACUGCCCCUUCCCUCCCCCCCAGGCCAACCAGGCUCCCACUUUUUAAUAAUUUGGAGUGUAUUGGAUGCAAAAAAAGUAAAAAAAGAAAAAAUCAGCUUUGUUGCCUUCUGUGAAGAGGUUUUGGGGAGGAGGAGGUGUUUUGUCUCUUGCUCAUCCUCCAGACAGGCCCUCCUGGGGUACAAGCCCAAUGUUGAGUUAUUUCUCUAUUUUUUUCCUGUGUUGAAAGCUGAUGUCCCCGGGCUGUGUUGAUUUUGGUGGCCCCAGAUGGCCUCAGCUCAAUGGUGCAGGAGCUGGGGUGGGACCUACAGGUGCCCUGGAGCCUGGCUGGGCAGCAGGUCCCAUCUAACCCCCCUCGCUGCCUCCUGCCUGCAUCAGCUCUGCCCGCUCACCCUUGGAAUGCCCCAAGGACCUGGAGUCCCUUCCUCUUGCUGCAGCUUCACCCUGGGUGCUGCUGCCGGGCUGGGGGAUGCCGGGCAUCCAUGGGGAUGCUGAGGCCGGGGUGCCCCGAGGGAUGGGGGCAGUGAUGUGGAAGCCAAGUAUGGCUUUUUCCUUUUCUUUUAGAAUUACUAUCUUUACUGUGACUAAACACCUGCUUUAAUGAUAUUUGCAGCUUGUUCUUUAGCAAGUUUGGGACUAUGAACAAGUGCAAAGUGCACAAAGAGUCACUUUGAAGGCUACUGUGGCUGUGCUCUUCUCUUUCCUGCUUUGGUUCCUGAAUCCAGACAGUGCUUGCUCAGGGUUUUCUUCCUUCUUUGUAUUUCCAUAGGGAAAGGGGGCGGGAGGAGAGGAUAACCCAACUUUUGGCCAUUUGUUUUGUUUUCUUUGAUACUUGAAGCAGUUUUUUGCAUCGUAGUAACAAAGCUGCCUGGCGCUUAGCCUGGUCCACUGCUCCAGGAAAAGAAAUCAGUGAUGGGGUGGUUCCUGCCUCAUGUCUGGCACAGAUUCUGGUUUUUGGCUUGACAUGGCUUGGCUUGGGUAGACCAUGAUGCCCUGGACCAGUUGACCUGCCGGUGGUGAGGGCUGGUGAGGGUGGCAGCGUGAUGAGCUGCGGAGAGGUGUGUGAUGCUUCAGAGGAGUGGGGACGGGCAGGGCCAGGGGCUCUAUUUGCACUUUACCCACGUCAGCAAAUAAAACUCGUGCUCUUGCUGAAGCCCAGAGCUGGGGCAGCUCGUCCCGUGCCCGGCAGCACCAUGGGAGGAGGCUCCUUCUGCGCAGUGAUGCCUGUUGGUGCUUACCUGUACCGGGGGCAUGCAGCUGGAGGGCAAACAUGAGCAGGGGGUGUACUGGGGACCACAGAGCUGAGCUUGGGGUGCCCUUCUUCCCCAGCCAUCCCCAAGGAGGUGGAGUGGCCCAGGUCCUUGGCCAUGGGGGUGUCCCCAUUCCCCGGGAGCAGUUGCUGGGGUCCAGCUCUUGGGCAGCUCAGCCAGGCUGGAGGGACUGGGGGGGGCUAUUCCUCCACCACCUCCCCAACAGUUUGGGUUUGCCAAAAGCUUGAGGCAAACUGGGAGCGGAGCCGGGUGUCGGAGAUCAAAAGUCGUCCUGUGUGUGUCUGUGUGCGUAUAUAUAUAUAUUAUAUAAAUAUAUAUUAAAAGAGAUAAUGCAAAGGAUUCCUCCUCCUUUUUGGCACUUGCUGGGGCUGGUGAGCAGGCCGAGCCCCGCGGCCGGCCUCUGCAGUUGGCUGUAGGGAUUAACUCUGGACCAAACCCGAGCCCAGGCAGUCGGUCCUUGGCCAGUGGGGCCACCCCGGGGGCAGCAGCAGAAGUACUUGAAUGGCUUAGGACAGAGAGUCUGAAGAGAGUCAAGUUGCACAGUGAAAAUAUAUAUUUUUAUACCUAGCACAACUUCCUGUAUAUUUUGGGGGUUUUUCUUUCUUUUUCUUUUUUUUUUCCUUUUCCAUUUUCUUUCAUUUCUUUUUCUUUUUUUUUAUUAUUUGGGUUUGUUUUAUUAAUUAUUAUUAUUAGGAAGGCAAACUUCUAAAAUGUGAAGGGCGUUGGGUUUCUCCUUAUCUGGUAGAUGAGGGCAAGCAUUUUGCACUAAUGUUUCCUGUGUGUGGAGGAUUAAUGAUAUGUUUGAAAAUGUUACAUGGAAAUGAUUGUAUUCUUCCGAGAAAAAAAAAAAACCCUACAAAAACAACAAAAAAAAAAUAGAGUAACCCCUCUCAAACACUGAAUGUAAGGUGGGAACAGAGCAGUCAUCGAUUGUAUGCGGCUUUCCUGAGUGCCUUAGAAUUUUUUGAUCCUUUUUUUUUUCCAAGGAAAACAGAUGAAGAAGAUCAGAUCAGAACCGACUCCUUCCUCCUCUUUGUUUACGACACUAUUUGCAAUUAUAGAAUUUGGGGCUGCUUUAUAAUGUGAAUAGGAAACUGCAUUCACCUAGGUCUGACAGUGUAAAAUCAAAGCAUCAGUAUUUAUGGUAUGUCUGCACCUUUAUUCUUAUGCUUGACUAUUAGCAAUAUUACAUGUAUAUUAUAUAUCUAAAGUUAUACCAAGCACCUUUAAAGAAAACCGAGUGUAAGCAUCCAAAUUACCUGCAGCUGCCAUAUAGUGUAGAAGCCAGCCCCUCUCCUCCUCCUCCUCCUCCUCCUCCUCCUCCUCCUUAGCACCGGUUACCACCACCCUGAGAGCUGCUGCUUUGCAGAAGGGCUGCAUGGCCUCUGCUGCACCCCGGUCCCGCUCGGCAUCAGCCGGGGCUCACGGUGAGCCCCCGGUGCCCCCCGGGCUGGAAGGGGCUCGGGAGGAGGGAUGGUGCCGGCAGAAGAUGGGGAGCGGGUCCUUUUUGCCACCUUGAUGGUUUCAUUCUUCUAACUGUGGUUUCACCCUCGUGAUCCCCCCGGGGGUUGUGGGGCUGGUGGUGGGAGCCUCUCCAUGGGUGGCUCCCCUCAUUCCACCCCAUCCGACCCCCCAAAACUGGAACAACCCACGGCUCACCGGGGGAGCAGAGCAUCCCAGGGAGCUGCCGCCUCCCUCCCCUCAGCCCUUAGCCCACAGGGGGUCCCUCAGAUCACUCGUGUGUCUGCGAGUGGAGAAGGGCCCGCGGGAAGCCGGGGUGAGCCCCGGCACUGCACCCCCACCGCCCCAUUGCCAGCCCGCGGCCACCCCGGGCUCCAACUGCUGUUCAAAGUGUUCCUGCUCUCUGAAUCGUGCUGUGAGCAAGCGAGCCCCGAGCGCGGGCUGGGGGGGACCACGUCUGACAUUGGAAACCCCUCGACUCCUCCGACGAGUUUCUUCCACUGUUAAAGCGUUUUGCACACAAAAUGGUGAUUUUUAUGUCAAGGUAAAAGCCAAAACUUGCAAUACUAUUUUUAGAAUAAAAAAAAAAAAAAAAAAAAAAAAAAAAAAAGAAGAAAAGAAAAAUAAUAAAAAAAUAGUAAAACAACUGAGUAUAAAUGUAUAAAUAUUUUUGACUUGAACAUUUGGAUGGCACUUGAUUCAAAUAGAACAUUAAUCCUUUGGACAGAAUGUUUGGGGAAAAACAAAAAAGGACUUAAAGUACAAGGUUGUUUUUAAAGCGUCUUCAUAGGGUAUUAAGUAGUACUGUAAUUCAUGACUGUUAAAAAUACUUUCUGUGCUGUAAGGAAAUCUCACAGUACCACUGAGUUAUGUUCCUCGACUGUCUCAGCCACAAACGAUGCUAGCUUCUUCUUUUUGUUGGUUUUCUCGUGCAUUAUUCACUAGUAUUUAUGUGCUCUUACUCUGUAUAGUUAAGACUGUUAUUUUGUAGCCAUGGCUGACACGAUAUAUCAGUAACUAAAAACAAAAGAGACAAGAUUAAGACCCCCCUCUGCCCCCCCGAGCUGGAACUGUGUUCGUAGCUGUUUUCAUAUGAUGAAAAAUCCAUUUAAACCCCCCCUCAAAACAACCAACCCGACGUGAUCAUUAAUUGUAAAACGCUUUGUAAAAUUCACAUUUACAAAAUAAUAAAGUAAAUUACAAUUAAAAGCG